GCGCCUCCCCCUCCACUGCACUGUUUCAUACCUUAUCCCCUCUCACCUCCGUUUGGAUCUCCGAUCUCUCCUUGUACCCUGCAGUUCCAGCCAUGGCGUCUUCUUCAUCAUCGGUCCCAGCUGUGUCGCUCGCCCCACCAGAAGACAUCGCUCCUCUCCCCCUUAUCCGCUGCCCCAGAUGCAACCUUGGUGUGAUUCAGUGGUUCAUCUCCGAGACCCCACUGAAUCCCGGCCGCCAUUUCUACAAGUGCCAGUUCCGCGAUUCCGGGCGUUGCACCUUCUGGAAAUGGGAGAACAAGUACAUCGACUACCUUUGCACUCGUUGGUCGCAUGUGUUUCUUCCCAUAGCUCCUCCUCCACAGGAAGUCCCCACCUUGAUCAUGCGUGAGAUGCAGUCGAACAUCAAGAUCGCACUUGCUGUCGCCCUUGGUACUCUUGCAGCUGUAAUGACGCUCCUAGUCUCCAAGAUGUAGUUCUCUUUGAAUGAUGUAAUAUUACCUAAUUAGUUAAUCAGCGCGGCAAGAUGUUUCUGAUCCAUGUAAUAGUUAGUUCUGAACCUGCCAGUCCCCACUAAGCUUGUUCUGACAGUCCCUCUGUAAAUUUUCAAUGUACUCAUAUAGAGGGGCGUAUGUAAAUUUUGGAAUCCAAUAUAACAUGACUCCAUUUCUAGAUAUUUAUCCUUGUAUAAGCAAGUAUCAUUGUUAUA